AUGACUGCCAAUCUCAAUACGAACGAACUUUUGACCAAGUGGUCCGAUCUGUUGUUCAAAUCUCGGGCUGUCAAGCUUGACGUAGCGGAUAUAACUAAUGAAGGAGUACAUCCGCUUAUUCUGCUUGACAACGUUGGCCAGGUACUCCUCAAGCAGGGAGCCUCUCGGGAAAGCCAAGUAUUCUCUCAGAUAUCUGAAAUCGCCUCAACCUCGCCCAACUAUGGAGGACUUGGGCUGAAUACAGAUGUUCAAAUCACUGAAGAUGAUAUACACGAGAUUAGCUUUCUCAUAUCAGCCUGGCUGGAGGCACUCAACUCGGAUGAUCGAAAGAAAUCCACGCAAGCCAGUACCCAAAAGCUAGCACCAAAAGAUAGACCACCAAUGAAUGUUACUGAAAAAAUAUUCGCUAUGCACGCUAUUGACUCCAAAGGCUAUGUAAAAACUGGCGAUACUAUUCGGGUAUCUCUGGACUGGAUCAUGGCUUCAGAGGCGUCAUGGGCUGGUAUGGAAGGAACAUAUAAUCGCCUUGGAAGUCCCGGCAUCUUCCGCAAUGAUCGCUUCUGGCUUGCCGGUGACCACGUCGUGGAUCCUAGAAUUAAAGGCAUGCCUCAAGUUAAGAGGCUAAUUGAGUCAUCUGAAAAAGCGCGCAAGGUCUUCAAAAUGACUGAGUACCAGGGUAUGAAUUACACAAUUAUGCAUACAGAGUUUUUCAGAGAGCGUGCCCAGCCGGGUAUGCUCCUCAUCGGCUCCGAUUCUCACACAUGCUCUUCUGGCGCAGUUGGCUGUCUUGCCAUUGGGCUUGGAGCGGCGGAUGUCACCAUGGGUCUCAUCACGGGAGAGACGUGGUUCAAGGUGCCUGAAGUUGUCAAAAUUGAGUUCGUGGGGCAACCAAGUCGUGGAAUUGGAGGCAAAGAUGUCAUUUUAUACGUCUUACAGCAACUCAAGAGGAACACAGUUGCCUCGGAUCGCGUGGUCGAGUAUACUGGGCCUGGUCUAAGUUAUCUUUCCCCAGAUGCACGUUUUGCAAUUUCCAACAUGACGACAGAACUUGGAGGUGUGACUGGGAUUUUUACUCCGGAUCAUAUAACCAAGGCAUUCAUUGACGGACGAAGAGUGGCCCGGCAUAGGAACGCAUCAACCUACUUUCGUGCAGACGAGGGGGCAGUCUACGCUGAAUCGCACGUCAUCGAUCUAGCCAAGGUUGAAUCCUUUGUGGCUAAAUAUCCGAAUCCCGAUGAUGUCGUUCCGGUGACAGAUGUUCUGGGCAUGAAGCUGGACGGAUGCUUCAUUGGAGCCUGCACCACAGCGGAAGAAGACAUUAUCCUCGGCGCCUUGGUCUUGGAGCAAGGACUGAAGAGUGGACUAUCUCCAGCGAAGGACGGCAAAAAGAGAAAAGUAGUUCCUGGGUCUCUACCUAUUCUUGAUAAGCUGCGAAAAUCGGGACUUGCACAGAUUUAUGAAGAUGCUGGCUUUGAGAUUGGCGUUCCAGGAUGCAGCUAUUGCGUGGGUAUAUCUGCAGACCGCGCAAAAGAGUCUGAAGUUUGGCUGUCAUCUCAAAAUAGGAACUUUGAGAACCGUAUGGGUCAAGGUUCUAUCGGAAAUCUCGCUUCGGCUGCGACUGUGGCAGCGUCUUCUAUAAAAGGAAAGCUGUCAGGAAAAGAGCCGGACUGGGUUGAACCAGCAAGUACUGUUGAAGCAUUGCCUGAAAAUGUAUUGAGCGACAGUCAAUCGGCAACACCACUCACUCAACAUGAUGAUUCCAAGGAUUCAGCUGUGGUAGCGGCAGAGGUUUCCGACCAGCAUGAGAAGAAGGGAGAAAAGCUUACUAUACACGGAAAGAUCCAAAGACUUGGAGAUUUUGUAGAUACCGAUGCGUUGGCACCGGCCCAGUUCCUUGUCUCAUCUCGAACUAAUGAAGAAAUUGGAGCUCAUUGCCUUGAAUAUACGAAUCCAGAGUUCCGCGCUCGAGCCAAAGAAGGCUUUGAUGUCGUGGUGGCAGGCAAGGCAUUCGGCUGCGGCUCUUCACGAGAGCAAGCGGUAUCCGCACUACUUGGAUGUGGAAUCAAAUGUGUAAUUGCCGAAUCUUUUGCUUUCAUCUACGGCCGCAAUCAGCCCAGCCUCGGCCUUUUAGGCUUUACCAUGGACGAUCCGGCCUUCUUCGAGGCAGCUGUAGACAGUGCAGAAAUCAGCAUUGACCUGGAAAACAAUCGGAUUCAUAUUGGUGAAACCGAGUUUUCCUUCCAGUUGUCCACCAUGGAGAGAGAAUUGGUAGAAGCAGGAGGCAUCACUCCGGCCUUUAAGAAGUUUGGCAAACAGCUUUUUGACAUGAUCUGCGGCAGCACCAAGGAUGGCAGGAGAGCUGUGGAAGUCGGUGGCCAAGCUGCCGGUAUGCAAUGCCAAUCGGCCAAUCUCGCCCUCCUUCAUAUCAUUGUAAACUCACUUCUCACGAAACAUGUAUUGAUGGCUCCUGAACGAGUCCGAGUGCGUCGUCAUCCAGCAUGCCGAGACUGUAGAGUUCAAAAGGUCAAAUGCGAUGCCGAGCCUCCUGCUUCGUGCACGCGAUGCCGUCACAUGCAACUUUCAUGUGUUGUUGAACGGACACCGGCAUCUCGGCGGACCAAAGCUCAGCUACAAAGCGAGUUGGAGGCCAUGAGACGCCGCUCUGGUGCGGAUGAGGAGACUGAUGGCGUGUUAGACAGCCCCACCUCCGGGCGAGGGAUGGCGAGACCCUCCGGCGUCGAUGUUACAGCUGGAGCUCCGGCUUCUAUCCCAGAUACGGCAGAAGUUCCAUUCUUGACUCCACUGCUUGUUCCGGCCCUGGCUUCAGCAUCGGCUCCAGAUGCGGUGCUUGCUAGUCCACAGCCAGCAACGACACCCUCAACAGUUAAGGAGGGUGGUAGUCAUCAGUCUCUCAUAUUGCAGAAUGAUUCAAACGAAUCGAUAGCCAACUCUAGAGAGUUUGAUGGCCAACUGGUUUCCGGUCGCAAAAUUCAAGAUUGCUUCGAUUUAUUCUUUAGCUUGUAUGCCCCAUUCUUGCCGACCUCCCAGUUAGAACCAAAUCCAAACCAAUGCUAUGAGCAGUCUCCCUUUUUGUUCUGGGUCAUCGUCUAUAUCGGCAGCAGACGCUAUACUGGUGACCCAACUAUGCUGGGUCGACUCGCCCCAAAGAUUAAUUCGAUGGCCUUUGCAUCCCUGGAAUCGCGGAGUAGCCCCAUACAGGCCAUCCAAGGCAUAUUAUUACUAUGCCAGUGGCCAACUCCGGUUAAUACUAUGCACAGAGGAAUUAGUCUUGUUCUCGCAGGUGCAGCGCUACACCUCGCCAUGCAAAUCGGACUACAUGUCGCUGGCGUUGGUCAAGAUUUUGCAAGGACGAUACUGGACGGCAACCGGCUUGAAAGAGCUAAUCGCGCCAUGCUAUGGAAGCAAUGCUGCAUAACUUGUUACAUCGUUGGGCUUGGGGAAGGGAUCUUGCCCCUAGGAUUGAGUGAUGCCUUCACUUUACCAGUUCUCUCAGAUGGAGGAGAUGGUGGUGACGAUGCAAACGCUCAACAAGAGACCAAACUGCCUCUCAGAUUGUGCGAAAUUAUGAUAUGUGCAACUGAAGCAUUGAGGAGAAUCCAUGGCGGUCGUGACCCUGAAAAAGCUGCUUCACUACUGUCGUGUAUUAGUUUGUUCGAUGCGCAGCUAACGAAAGCUGCAUCUCAAGGUCAAACAGCCAUUGACCCAGCAUCUCGCAAACUCGAAGCCUUUAUUCCUCUUUUUGCAGUUGCAUGCAGCUUCAUCAACACCGCGUGUCAGCAGUCCUGGAACGAAGGGGCUACCGCCAAGAAUGCACCCGUCGUUGUUCAAAAAUCUGUUAUGCUGGCAGCUUUCACAAUCCUGAAAAUCCAUCGCAGUGAGCUCGCGCCGCAUUUGGAUCUUCAGGCUGGUGAGCAAGCUUAUUUUGCCGCCAUAUUCUUUGCCCGAGAAGAGUCACUGCAAAAUAAUGAUCUGAGCGCCAGGGCUGCUUCCAUACUCGGUCAAUUAUGGAACAGCCAAUCAAUAUUUAAAACCAAGAAUGGUACAGUUGAUAGCCUGACCAGCCGAAUCUCUAGCAGGUUGUCAAUGAGCACCCUCUUUGAUUGCCUAUGGUGGUGGAGACAGGAGUUUGGUGGGCUGGGCAAUCCUUACGAGAAUAGACAGCAGACCCGAUCCGAGACCUUGACUGGAACUGAAAGUGUCACUUCAUAUGCGCUGCCAGCAACUGGUGAUGUAAAUGCGGUGCCAGACAUUCAGCAAUCGGCACUCCUUGCUGAUGAACCGUUUGUUGACUUCGAUUGGGCUAUGAACCUAGAUAUGACUGAUUGGCCUAUGUAA